ACUCUGUGCUGCUGGAAAGCUUGUCUCUCUCUCCCACAGAAGCUGAUCUCAUAAAACAGUGGUUCUCAACCCGGGUUACGUGUACCCUGGAGGUAUGCAGAGGUCUUCCCAGGGGUACAUCAACUCAUCUAGCUAGGUACCUACUUUUACAACAGGCUAUACAUAAAACGCACUAGCAAAGUCAGUACAAACUAUAAUUUCAUACAGACAAUGGCUUGUUUAUACUGCUCUAUCUACUAUACACUGAAAUGAAACCCCAGAGACUGUCUGAAUCUGGCCAGGACUCGGGAGCAAUGUCUCAACAGUUCCUUUAUCGGGCACUGGUGUCAGCUAAGUGGCUCUCAGAAACCAUCAAGUCCCCUCAGGCUGGGCAGGCUGUGAAGAUCCUGGAUGCAUCCUGGUACCUCCCGAAGAUGAAGCGUGACCCCCGGCAUGAGUUUGAGGAGCGCCACAUCCCUGGUGCUGCUUUCUUUGACAUCGACCUAUGCAGUGACCGCACGUCGCCAUAUGACCACAUGCUGCCCAGUGCGGAUGACUUUGCAGAGUAUGUGGGCAAGCUGGGCGUGGGGAACGACUCCCACGUGGUCGUGUAUGAUGCCAGUGAUCAGGGUCUCUUCUCUGCUCCCCGUGUCUGGUGGAUGUUCCGGGCCUUUGGGCACCAUGCCGUCUCCCUUCUGGACGGUGGGCUGAAGAACUGGCAACGGGAGGGGUACCCACUGAGCUCUGGCAAGAACCGAGCAGUUCCUGUGGAGUUCCAUGCCUCCCUGGACAAGUCCCUGGUGAAGACCCAUGAGGACAUAGAGGAGAACAUAGAGUCACGUCGCUUUCAGCUUGUUGAUGCUCGCCCUGCAGGGCGGUUCAGAGGGACGGAGGCAGAGCCCAGGGAAGGAAUUGAGCCUGGUCAUAUUCCUGGCUCCGUGAACAUCCCUUUCUUGGAUUUCCUCACAGAAGCUGGCUUUGAGAAGACCCCUGAGGCAAUCCGCAGCUUUUUCCAGGAGAAGAAAGUGGACCUCUCAAAGCCAGUGGUAGCCACAUGUGGCUCAGGAGUCACUGCCUGCCAUGUGACCCUGGGGGCGUACCUCUGUGGCAAGCCAGAUGUGGCUGUCUACGAUGGUGCCUGGGUGGAGUGGUACAUGCGGGCGCGGCCUGGAGAGGUCAUCUCUGAGGGCAAAGGCAAGACCCUCUGAAGCAAUGCUUCUGCCCCUGCAGUGCAGACAAAUUGCCUUGGAACAGGCUUUCAGAGAUGGUCUUAGCCUUUCCUGUUUUAAAAUCAUGGUGGUAUUGAGUGACGGUCUUGGGUGACAAAUCUAAACUCACAUGGUUCUAGCCCCUUUCCCCUACUCCCCUCCCCCUUCUCACCCACAAACCACACCCCUCACUUUCUGGGCAUGGAAGAUGCCUUUUUACAGUAUCUUAUUGGGGUGGGGGGAAGCACUUGCCAUGGGAUGGUGGAAUAAUUGAUUCAGGCUGGACUCAUCAGCUGGGAUGAUCUCUCCUAUUUGGACACUUAGUGAGGAAGAUGAGUGGAGGAGCAGUUUAGGUUUCUCCUUAUAUUUGGACUCUGAUUUGUUCUCAGCCAGUUUUGCAUCCACUGUUGUUCCUGGGGAACUUGAAAUCCUGUUUCAUUUCUUUUUUUUUUUUUUAAAAGUAUCCAUUUCAAAGGUUACAUAAUAAAAACAUUUAAUGAG